CAUUACUUGAUAAAGAUGUCUAAGUCACGUGAUGUGAUCAAAAUGGCAACUUUCAAUACACUGCCGGAUAAUAUCAUUUUAGAUAUUUUGAGUUAUUUACCUGUGAAAGAUCUUUGUUUAACCGGACGGGUAAAUAGACGAUGUAGAAGAAUUGUUCGUGAUAAUACACUGUGGCGCCAUGUUGACCUGACACCAUAUCGGUUAGACAUGUCUAAAAUGUGGAAAGUCAUUCGAGCACAUUUCUCAGAUGUUUUAAUAUCCAUGAAAAUUAGAGGCUUUUCAAAAAGUGCUGGUCCUAAAAACAAGAAAUAUUCCAUGUCCGAUGCCAUGCUUAAAGAUUUAUCUGAAAGAUGUCCAAAUAUCAAAAUACUUCAUCUGUAUCAGUGUAACACCGAUAACUUAGAUUGUCAAAAACUUCCCGCUACUCUGACAACUUUAGCUGUUCGUUCGUCCGUGUGGCAGCCACGAUGGUUCAAGUUAGACAGCAAUAAAACAGCGUUGUUACCUCAGCUAAAAUCAUUAAAUGUAUCCGGAAGUGCUCGAGUGGAUAAUUUUGACAUAGAAGAUUUAAAUCAAUGGUCGAAUUUGGAAGAACUUAUGUUAAAUGAGUGUUACAGAGUUGGGCAGAAUGGACUGACAAGUAUUGCGAUGAAUUUGACCAAAUUAAAAUACCUUGAACUCGCAGGAACCACGAUAACAGAAUUAUCUAUGCAUCAUAUUAGUCGUCAUUUGAAACUUUUAGAGAAAUUAAAUUUAUCUCGCACAGCUGGGUUAUCAGAUGCGUGUCUUGAUGAAAUCUCAUCAGGUUUAACGCAGCUCCGAUAUUUGAAUAUCUCUGGAUGUUCGGAAAUUACAUCUGGUGGAAUAAAAUCGUUGUUAUUGUUAAAACAUUUAGAAACUUUAGAUCUUACAAAUAUAAUAUCAUCAGACACCGAGUUAAAGGAUAUUCAGUCUGUGUUUUUAUGUAGAGUUAUUCAUUGAAUUACUUGUCUCUUUGUUUUGUUCACAACCCAUCAAAGAAAUGAAAUGAAAUGGGGUUUAACAUCCUACUGUUCUGCUCCGAACUGGGCUAAUGAAGACGGGCAUACGCCAUACAGUGUGCUAUGAGGGAAAUUUUUCCCGGACAGCGGCACUACGGUCUACUCUUAUAUCAAAUUCCAACUGUCAAGGGAUCUUUUACGUGCAUGCCAAUGUGUACACAGGACCUCGGUUUUUCAUACCAUCCAAACAACUAAACAGCUGACCUUGUCAGGCCGUCCUUCCUGCAUCACUGCCGGAAAUUCUGGAUGAACUUUCUCGGCCAAUGCAGGGAUCAAACACCCGACCUCCAGGCUAGCGAGCCAGCUUCUUAGCCACAGUGAUCCCCACCUAUCAAAUUGAGCAGGGGACUAUUAAAAUGGGUUUGUCUGUCUAUCCAGAUGUUAUACAAUAACUCUGCAUCUAAUUGUGGUAUAUCCAAACUCGUGGGUUUUCUCUGGGUCCUCUGGUUUCUUCUUACAGGUAAAGACCCCUACGUGCAAGGCAAUUAUGGAAAUAAAAUAGAACCAUAGGUUAGUCCCGAAAUGACCUAGUUUUGUGAGUGGAUGUUAAACCCCAUUUCUCUCUCUCUCUCUCUAUCUCUCUCUCUAAUUAUGGUAUAAUGUUCCCACUUGAUGUAAAGAUGUAAAGGUGAAGACAUUGACUGAGGUCGAUGAUGAGCUUUUUCCAUUUAGGCUAAGCAAUAUUGAGCAUUUUGAUUUGUCAAUGCUUUGAAAUAUGAUCACUCUACAUCUAAGUGUGGUGAAAUUCAGUGUAUAGUUUUCUUACAACAAUACCUUGACUAAGUUAAAAAAUGAGUAUCUUCUACUCAUUUUAGAUCACUAUAGAUCAUAAGGUCUGUCAUUGAGUCAAGUGGCGUGGUUUUGAUCCCACACUUGUGCGUGACAAGGAGUACGGUCGCCUGUCCAACCCUGUGGGUUUUCUUAGAGGUCCUCUGAUUUCCUCUCACUGCUAAAGACCCAUACAAGCAAAUUUUUAAAAUUAAAUUGACCAAAGUUUUUGUGCAGUGGACAUUAAACCCCAUUUCGCUUUCUCACAUUUUAUUAAAAGAUACAUCAUCUAUUUAUUUUUGCGUUCAGAUGGAAGAUAUUAUCUUGAUUCAUCUAGAAUCACAUUAUUAUAAUAUUUACAGUAGAAACUUUAAUCUUUAUACUUUUAUGUUUAUUAGUUAUAUAACUUUGUUCAUUGAAUGAUUGAUUUGUGACAAUGAAAUACACCUUUUGUAGAAAUUGUAAAUGAAAUGCCCACAUCAAUUGGAAGUCUUAUUCCUCAGGAA